AAAUUUUUUACAAUGUAAAUUUGAUAAAUCAUUUUUUUUUGGUCUCGAAAAACGUUCGUGCGCUGUAACUGAAAAAUCUUAAGUUAUCUAUUUUUUCGCUCGUCUAAAUUUUCGAUUUGUGGGUAGCAGACAUCUCACUGCUAGCACUGCAAUGCAGCAAUACGCGUCCUCCUGUGGUGCCGCCACCGUUGAGACCGUCCAACGCAAGCAGUUUGCAGCUGCAGCCGCCAGCGUCACUGUGAACACUGCCAUCGACGAAGCGGUCGUCUGGAUACUCUCAGAUCCCUCAGAGUGCUUUCUUUAUAAGUAUCCGUGCGAGUGUAAGGAACGCCGCCAUAACCGUUUACAGCUUGCACGCAUUGCCGCUAUGGAGAUAAAUGGCGCCUCGACAUCGGCGAAGGAGCAACGCAACAGCAUACGCGCGGUCACCAAAGCGAAUUUGAGGAAACGUAUCAAUUGGUUGCGGAUCGAUGAGUUCUCGCUACCUCGGGUGGUGCAGUUAGUUUACGAUUACCUUAGCUUGUGGCGCCUCACACCCAAUACGCAUUACAUGGUGAGACCUGAGCAGGAUGCGGUGUGCGUGCAACCGCAGGGUUGCACCUACUGCUUGAGCGUGCUAUUUACGCGUAAACCACAACGUGAUAUGGAGCAUUGCAAUCCACUGACUAUGGCUCAGGCCAACUUCAAGGUGCAUGUAUCACAUUUUUUGCCUAAAUUCUACCCGGUGAUGAUGACGUACCGGUUUGAGAAUUGUAAAACGGACUACUAUGCGCUAGGUAAUCGGCGAAUGAGACGUUUAGACUUUCAGCGUUUCUUCAUCGAUAUGGCGCUGGAGACAAAAUUGGGAUUUUAUGCGCAGUUCUUGAAGACAAUUGCGUUUAGCACAUCAAAUAAGUGUCUUUUUAGACGAGGAAGCAAAAGAGAAGACAGGAAGAAGGAAAUAGAAGUGAGCGCAAAGCGAUUGUGCAUAUGCGAAGCGGAGAAUAGCACGCGUGAGGUGAAUGAGAGCAGUAGUGAAAGAGAGCAAGUGGCACAAGAAGUAAAUGUGAGUGUUGUUGAGUGCGCGAAGCGAAUGAAUGGAGAUACAAGAAUGGAAAAUAGCUGUGAUUUUCGGAGUUCCGAUCAUACUAGGCCAGAACUAAACAGUGAAAAUGGAAAAGAAAAUGCUGGCUCAUCAGAAGAACAAGCAUGCACAAGCGGACAAGGCGGAAAUGAAAGCACUGAGAGUGGGCCGCACCUCACCGAUGUUGAAAACUGAGAAUAACUGAGUGAGAAAGUGGGAUGAGUGGGAAGAGCAAUAAUUAACAUGAUAGCGGACUUUCAAGCAGUGAGUGAGGGAUUAAAGGGGAAGACAGAUGAAGAGGGCGAGAGUUGGUACGUAGCGUAGUAGCAGGAAGAAAAUCGGGUAAAGAGAGAAUAAAAAUUGUGGUUGAAUACAGAAAAACAAAAAAUUCAAGAAGUGAAAACAAAACGAAACCAAGGUUAGGAGAUUAAUAAAAGGACACUAAAUUAGCGAAUUAGCGAAAACGAGGAAUAG